UAUUAUUCCGCCAUCUUGUCACCGAGGAGAGUAGGAACGCUGCGAGUGAGACGGCGAGAAAAACCUUCCCUGUUCGCGAUCCGUGCAGUGAAUUGACGGAGAAAAGAAAAUGGCAGCAGAAACGCAAACCCUUAACUUUGGGCCUGAAUGGCUUCGUGCAUUGUCAAGUGGUGGGAGUAUUACCUCCCCACCCCUCUCACCAGCAUUGCCAAAGUAUAAAUUAGCAGAUUACCGUUACGGACGAGAAGAAAUGCUAGCACUUUAUGUAAAGGAUCUCAAGAUUCCUGUAGAUCUAACUGAUAAGGAGUUUCUUCCUAUUUUACAAGAGGAGCCCCUACUACCUUUAGCACUUGUGCCAUUUACAGAAGAAGAACAGAGAAAUUUUUCUAUGUCUGUAAAUAGUACAGCAGUACUGAGAUUAAUGGGACGAGGUGGAGGAACUGUGGUUGGGGCACCAAGAGGUAGAAGUUCCUCAAGAGGUAGAGGUAGAGGGCGAGGUGAGAGUGGUUUUUACCAAAGAAGUUUUGAUGAAGGUGAAGGGGGUUUUGGUCGAGGAGUUCGUGAAAUGCACAGAUCGCAAAGUUGGGAGGAAAGGGGAGAACGGCGGUUUGAAAAACCAGGGCGAAAAGAACCAGGUUCAAGUCAUCCUAAGGACCAACAUUCCAACUUGGGUGCUCCAAAUGAUUUCCUCUCAUCCUCUGGGUUUCUUUCAAAAUCAGGGAGACCAUCUUUUGAAGAAAUGGGAUCAUCAACAAGGAAGCAUGAAUUCACCCGUUCAGAGAGUGAGAAUUGGCGAGUCAGUAGGGAUGAGCAGAAUGGUGACGACGAUGAUGGAGGUUGGCGUUUAGCAGGACCUCGUCGGGAAGGGGACAGAUGGCAGCCUCAUAGUCCAGGUUGGAGAGAGCCCACAGAACGCAGAAGACGGUUUGAUUUUGAGUACCGAGAUAAAGAUGAUGAACGCGGUCAUCGACGAGUGCGCUCUGGUAGUGGUAGUGUGGAUGAUGAAAAAGAUAGCCUGCCAGAAUGGUGUCUGGAGGAUGCAGAGGAGGAGAUGGGAACAUUUGAUUCUUCUGGAGCGUUUUUGUCUUUAAAGAAAGCUCCUAAAGAACCUAUUCCAGAGGAACAGGAAUUAGACUUUAAGCAGUUGGAGGAUGAAGAAGAGAGAUCAAAUUCAGAGGACAGUGAAAAGGAAGAAGCUAAGGAGCCUGAUAAGAGAAUCAAGGAAAAGGCUGAUGAAGAAACAAACAAAACUGAAGAGAACAAAGAUGUAUCCUGUACAAAUUCAUCGCCAUCUCCUUUGGAACCUCAGAUGUCAAUAGUUGCUAGCCCACCCAAACAGGAAGAAAAGAUGCAAGAGAAAACUGACAAAAUUGAGGAUGCACAACAAAGGUCUGCCAAGGAAGUGAUGGAUACCUCAGCCCCUUAUCAAAAACCUUUAAUUCCAUCUGUUAAUAGCACUAAUACUACUACUGCUGCUACAACUACAACUACGGCAUCGCCUUCACCCAAGAUCACAGCCGUUGCAAACCGGAACAUACCUCAGGAUAAUGAUGACGAUGAAGGGCUAAAACAUCUUGAGCAGGAAGCCGAAAAGAUGGUAGCAUCAUUGCAGGAUAAUGCCUUAGAUGAUGAAAGACUGUCAACACAAAUUCAGGAUAAACGAACUAAAGCUGCCUCCAUGCCAUUGACACAUGAUGCUGCUAUGAAAUGGUUUUAUAAAGAUCCACAAGGCGAAAUACAAGGACCUUUCACUAACCAAGAAAUGGCAGAAUGGUUCCAGGCUGGCUACUUCACAAUGUCUUUAUUCGUAAAGAGAGGCUGUGAUGAGGGUUUCCAGCCAUUGGGAGAGGUUAUUAAGAUGUGGGGCAGAGUACCUUUUGCUCCAGGAACGUCUCCUCCUCCAUUGCUGGGUGAGCUGGACCAGGAAAGACUGAAGAGACAACAGGAGCUUGCUACCUUGAAUUUGUAUCAGAUGCAGCAGAUACAGUGCCAGCAGCUUCUGCAGGCACAGCUUAUGACCCGGCAACAAUAUGCACAAGCAAUAGCACAUCAUCAAAAGGCAGCUGUGGAAGCCAUAACAACGCAGCAGCAACAGCAGCAACAACAGCAACUAGCCGUCAUACUUGAGCAGUUUCAAGCCUUAAAGUUAAGAUCCUCAGAGCAAGGUCUGACGCCUCCAGCAACACGUUCCAUGAGUGUGCCUGAUAGUGCCUCAAUAUGGGAAUUGCAGGCUACAUCAUCUCAACCCUCAGGUUGGGACGGUGGUAGCGUGUGGGACUUGCCAGUCGAUGCCCCGGUUCAGGGAACCACAGUCGAGCAAAUCCAGCAGAUUGAGAGAGGAAAAGCUGCCAAGCUUGAGCAAGAAAAGAGGGAUGCAGAAAUUAGAGCUAAAAAGGAGGAAGAGGAAAGAAAACGACAAGAAAUCCGUCGCCAUCAGGAAGAGCUUUUGCGAAGGCAAGAGGAGGAGAGAAAACGAAAAGAGGAAGAGGAACUUGCAAGGAGGAAACAGGAAGAAGCACUCCAGCGCCAAAGAGAUCAUGAAGCAGCAGUUCGUCGACAAAAGGAAGAGGAGGAGCGACAGCAGGAAGAAGCCCGCCGGCAUGAAGAAAGGCAGAGGGAAGAGGAAGAAAGACGUCAAAAGGAAGAAAUCCUUCGAAAACAGGAAGAAGAGCGGCGACGUAAAGAUGAAGAGGCAGCACAAUGGGUGAUGGAGGAGGAAGAAACUCGGCGACGAAUGGAAGAAGAUAACCGCCUCCGAAUGGAGGAGGAGAAUAGACUCCGACUAGAAGAGGAGGAACAAAAACGCAAAGAUAUAGAGCGUCAUAAAGAGCUGCAGAAACAGGAGUCCAUACGACAAAGACAACAGCAACAAGAGGCACUGAGACGUUUACAGCAACAGCAGCAACAACAACAGUUAGCACAAAUGAAGCUUCCUUCCUCUUCAACAUGGGGCCAGCAGUCGUCAUCAGUUUCAUCGCAAACCCAGAGUACGCUGUCACUAGCUGUGAUACAGAAACUAGAGGAGGAAAGAGAACGGCAGCUACGCGAAGAGCAACGGCGGCAGCAACAGGAUUUGAUGAAAAUUUUGCAACAACAAAAUCAGCAGCAGAAACUGUCAGGAUGGGGAAAUAUUCCCAAACCUUCAGUCACUACCAAAUCACUUCUGGAGAUACAGCAAGAGGAGUUCAAGCAAAUGCAAAAACAGCAGGAGAACAAGACACAGACAAGACCAUCAGCAGCAGUAAAGCUUAAUCUCUCUGCUUGUCAUGAGGAGUCAUCGUGUAAGAAUGCUGUAACGAUGAAAAGAGAGGAAGCAUCUACUAAGCGAAUAGGAUCAGAGCGGAACCACCAUUCCAGUUUACCAGUGAACACUACUUCUGUAUGGGGUUCAGUAAAUGCCAGUCCUGUCAACCAGUGGGGAACAGACAUUAGCAGUGUAUGGGGUGCUCCAGACCACAAGAACACAAAUGUGGGCUUCUGGGAUGAGGCUGUGAAAGAAGUCGGUCCUCCAGCAAGAAACCAGCUCUCCAAAAGUAACAAGAACAAUUCUAACCCUGGAAAGUCCCAUGGAGUUCAGAACAAAGCAAAUAAAAAGGCCGAAGAGGAGGAAAAGCUAAUGAAGUUGUUUCAGGGUGUGAACAAGUCACAAGAUGGAUUUACCUUGUGGUGUGAACAGAUGUUGCACGUUCUUAACACAGCCAAUAAUUUGGAUGUCCCUACGUUUGUCUCAUUUUUGAAAGAAGUUGACUCUCCUUAUGAAGUCCAUGAUUAUGUCCGAGCUUACCUUGGUGACACGCCAGAAACAAAAGACUUUGCAAAGCAGUUCCUAGACCGACGUGCCAAACAGAAAGCCAACCAACAACGUCAACAGCAACAGCAGCCAGUACGGCAACAACAGGAUUCAGCAUGGACGGUGAGUCAUACAGGCCUACAGCCUAUCUAUCCAUCAAAUCACAACAGAAAUCAACAGUCUAAUUUUGAAUCUGUGCAGUCUGGGAAAAAGAAGAAAAAACAGAAGAUGAUACGUGCUGAUCCCAGCAUUUUAGGUUUUUCUGUAAAUGCUUCAUCUGAGCGUCUGAACAUGGGAGAAAUUGAGACACUUGAUGACUACUGAACAUAAGAAAAUGCUUGAUUUAUUUAAAAAAAAAUGAGUUGUUAAUCAUGAAUUCUGAAUGCACCAACCAAUAUCAGUUAAUUAAAAAAAAACAAAUCUAUCACCUUGAGUUCAUGUCUGUCUUUGUACUUCAACACACCUGUUUCUCAUGGCCCUUCCUUACAUAGUACAAUCAUGUUUCAAGUACAGAGCAGUCUCUUCAAAAGCCUCUGCACCAACCUGCAUGUUUUCAAGCAUUGAAUCACGUUUUCCACUGUGUAAUAUUAAUGGUGCAGUUAAACAUAGUACCCUUUGUUCUAUAGAAACCUGUUUCCUUAUCACUAUUAUUGGAUUUUAUUCAGAAUACAUGAUUAACUGGUCUAUUCAAUGUUGGUCACGUUAACAUCCAUUCUUUGAACAUUACAGAACAAUCGUGUCAGUAAUGUAUUUAUAAGCUAAUUCUAUAAUACACAUGUUGAAGUGCUUGCUUUAGUACUGAGGUGUAUUAAAAGUGGUUUGGAUAUUUUAAGGAUAUCCAAUAUGUUUCUGUAAGAAAAACACCUAUUCUGUCUAGCCCAUUUUAAAGAGAUUUUAGACUAUGUUUUUGGCCUUGUACAGUCUUUUGAAAUUAAUAUAUUUGCGAUAUUCAAUACACUAUAGCUGUCAUAAAAUAUGCAGUUAUAAACAACGAAAGCGUUAGUUAAAAUAUUUCCGGAAAUUCAGAAAUCACAGUAUUCUUUGUUAUACAGUUGCUGCAUGAAGGCUGCAAUGUGUAACUAGAGACAUUUUUAAAAUUUCAGUUUGACACUGUUCAACAUGCAUGUGCAGGCCAUUGCCCAGGAAGAAGCUUUUUCUCUUAAAAGGGCUGUACCCACUACUUGUUCAGGUUAUAUUUUAAAAUUGUUGAAAAUCAAUUUUUUUUACAGCAUCUUGGUCUAAUCAAAGUUUGUUUUACAACAUAAAGAUGGCUAUGGAAAAAAAUGCUGCAGUACUGUAUGCCACCAGUUAUAGUGCAACAUUGAAUUUGCAACUUAUUUACUGUAUUUAGGUGUACAGAAGAUUCCCUUUGAAAGGGAACUUGGGUAAUUGACCCUUUGGUGACUGAAGGACUCUUUUAGUUUCUGAGAAACAUGUUUUGAAUCACUUUUUUUUAAAAAUAAGAUUCUGUAAAAACAUAAUGCUAAAUAUUAGACUGACAAGUUAUAUACACAGAACAUGUCUCUAGUGUACAUUCGGAAUUAAAAUGCAGUGGAUCCUGCUUAUUGUCACUGCUUUCUUCAUGUCACUUUUCUAAAGCCAAUAUUUUUAAUGGUUUUUUCAAUUCUGUUCAAAUUACUUUGGGUUUGUUUUUGUUUAAAGACACUUGCAGCACUCCCUCCUUUCCCUACUGCUCCACAGUGGCAUAGGUAAAUUUGGCAGCAUAAGUGCUGGUGAGAAAGAAAUUUGGACUUCAGCACAAGGUUUAGACCCUCCUCUCUCUCAAUCCCCCCACACCCACCAACCAGGCCCCCUCAAAUCCCUCAACCACCACUAUCAUUCUGGCACUACAAGUUAGAGCUCACCACAUGACACUUCCUGUGGUCCUUUUGCUUGCUUUAUGCACCUGUACACUUUAUGAAUACUUACUUGUCCCAUGCAGAUGCAAAUAUUUGCAGCUUGUGGGGUGAAGGAAGCAUCAUUUAAAAUCUCUACAAAUGCCCCUAUUCGUCCUUAACUUGUGUUUUCUAUAUUAGCCAAUGCCAUCUUGAUUACAGUCAUUUAGGUUGUUAAUAAAGUGACUGUAAGAGGAACUCGUGUUGAGAUGAUGUUUAGAAUAUCCAUAUGGAGUGAAGGGCACCAGUUGUUUCACUAUAUUGGAGUGUGCACUAAUUGUCUUCUCAUUGCAUACUAUUCCAUCUCCUUAAAUGCAUGAUUUAUUUAAAACUGAAAUCUGAAAACAUUGAAAAAUAUUCUGUACAAUAAAAUUUGUAUGCAGGUUUUCAAUCUACUCUCUUGUGAUAUCUACAUUACUGGCAGCCACCUAAACACCACAUGCAGCUGCACUGUCCAAGUAUUUAUCUAGAAAUUUUUUGCAGUGUUGGAUUAAUAAUACUGUGCAAGGCAAAGAAUUUUAUAUG